AUGGCGGAUAACGACAAGAAAAGACACUUUAGUGCCGUCGAUAGCUUGCCGCAACUGCCGGCGAAAAGACCGCUUCAACAGCUCAGUGAAGACGGGCCAUUAACGCAGCAGGAUGUGGUGUAUUUCAAGAAAGAAGCCAUUUGGCGGCAGAUGAAUCUUUACAAACUACAAGCUCACGAGUUCCAGCGCGAAAUCUCCAAGCACGAGAAACGCUACCUGGCAUUUUUGGCUGUUCACCUGCUUCUAGAAAACUGGUACAAACUGGUUGUUUCUGCCUAUAAGCAGGACGACGAAACCGUGGCAGCCCUUGAUCUUUCGCUCCCACAGGACGAGAUCGAGCUGAUUCUAGAAAAACGACGCUCCACUUUGGUGGCGUUGUUGCUGUUGCCUGCCUCUGCUACCCUAGAAGAAAACUUGGUCAAGUUCUCCGACAUCUUGACAUUGAAGACUGACAAAGACAAAGCCGAACAGCUUCAAAGUGAGUUGAAAGAAAAAAUCGCCCAUUUGCAGCUACUGUUAGACGAAGCAUUGAAAGAAAACGACCGAAAGGAGUCCAAGACGUUGCUUCGCGUCUCCACUAAUAAUCACAUCAAAACAGAGGAACCGCAGCCUGCCAGCAACGGACAAGCUAACACAUCAAAGGACCCAGAACUGGAGGCCAAUCUGCAGCCGGACCUCGCGCAGAAGCACGAACUAGAGGAUUUGAAGAUUGAACUUGCUCAGAUAAAGGCAGGCAAUCAGUCGCUAGAGGAACGCCUAAGUCUGGCCUUGAGUGACCAAGCCAAAGCAGAGGCUUCCGUGCUGGAUCUCACCCAUAAGCUCAAUGAUUUGGACGACACCGAUUUGCUCAAGUCGCGGCGCUAUUUGGCACUUCUCGACCAGAAAAACUCUUUGGCAGAAUACGCAGCCCAAGUCACGUCCAUCAAUGAGGAAUUGACCAACAAACUAAGGUGUUCGGACGAGAAAGAAGGAAAUUUCGUGCGCAGCGUCAGCCGCGAGUUGGAGGAGGAAAACCACCGCUUGAAGGAACUACUCACGAAGGCUGAGAGCGAUUUGGUCAGAGUACGCACAGUCCGCGACGAACUUCUAGGAAAGCAAAUUGUGUUGAAGCUGGAAGCCGAAAACAAAGCCACCAACGAGGAGCUCGUCAAAGUUAACGAAUUAUUGAACGAGAGGCUCAAGAGCUUGGAAGCGCAGAAGGAGAAAGCCUACGACAGCAACAGCGCGGGCAGCCUCGAACUGCUCGAAAAGCCGGAACUCAUCAAAAGAUUGCAUGUCUUGAACGAGGAGCUCAAGGACAUUGAGAAGGCGUUCCAAAGCACAAGAGAAGUCAACUUGGCCAGACUUCGAGAGGUGGCCGAUAGAGAAGGAUUGAUGAAGAAGUUGAACAUCGAAAAAAACAAGGCCGACCAAAAGUACUUUGCCAGCAUGAGAUUGAAGGACCUGUUGACGGCGGAAAACAAGGUGUUAAAAAGCCAGGUGGCCAAGUCGCAGGAGUUGGUCACUAAGCUCAGUGAUUUAGAGAAGACCUACGUGAGCAAAGUGGACUUGUUGACCAAAAGCGUGGACGAGUACCGCGCCAUCAAGGAGAGCUCCAUGCAAGAAAACGCCAAGUUGCAAGAGACGAUCAAGAAAUUCACCAAGGUGCGCGAGCACGCCGGGAAGGAAAUUCAUCUGCUCAAGGAGGAGCUAGGCAAGGCAAAGAAAGAAGGCGCUGAAGCCGCUGCCGAGCUCGGCGUACAAAAAACAAAAGAGAGUAAGCUCGAGGCCAAGCUUCGGGCCACCGAGAACUUGUUGGCAAAGUACAAGCAGAACAACACAUCCUCCAUUCUCCAAGAGGACGAGAAGCAGUUGGAGGCCUUGAGGUCCAUCACCAAGUGUUCGGUGUGCUCCAAGAACUGGAAGAACACCGCCAUCACCGCAUGCGGCCAUGUUUUCUGCGACGGGUGUGUUCAAGAGCGGCUUGCCGCCAGGCUCAGAAGGUGCCCCACUUGCAACAAGGGCUUCUCUUCCAAUGACCUCCUUUCUAUCCAUUUAUAG